AUGCACUCCCCAUCCCCACAACUCCUCCGCGCCCUCCGCACCUCGCUCACCAGCACCCCAGCCCGAUUCAUCCGAAUCCCAUCAACAGCCUCGAAAUGCGCAAUCCCAAAACCGAGCCACCAACUCCCCUCAACCAGACGUAACAACAGCUCCACCAUCCGCCCAUCCCGCAUGGUCUCCCGCGCACACGCGCACAAGCCCGUCAGCCACGACCGCGGCCCACAGUCCAACGAAGACACGCAGACGGACUUUGCCGCGCUGAACGUCUUGGGUAACAUCCCUGCGCCUACAACAGCUAUCGAUGCCACCCUUGACUCUGGCUUCCACCUUAACAAUGGUGUCAAGGUCACUGGUGGUGAUGGAUUGCUGCUUGUUGGUGGUGAGGCGUUUGCCUGGAGGCCGUGGAAGGCGGUAGAGGGCGCGAAGGAUGAUCGCGAUGCUAAGGAUAACAUGAUCAAUGCUAAGGGGCAGUUUGAGCUUGAUGAGUCUGUUUGGGGUGUUGGAUUAUGGCGUAAUAUGCUCAUUCUUGGUCUUGGUGCUUCGAUGUUCCCCCUCUCGCCUGAAACUAAACGCCACAUCAAUUCGUUGGGCAUUCGGGUCGAUAUUCUGGAUACCCGCAAUGCGGCUGCUCAGUUCAAUCUGCUUGCUACGGAGCGUGGUGUUACUGAGAUUGCUGCUGCCAUGAUUCCUAUUGGGUGGAAAGGCAGAUCAUAG